AUGAGUUUACCUGGAAACCCCACGCGUAGCUCCGAGGGAUUCUGUUACAAUGUGGAGAAUGAUAACUUGGUCACUGGCCUGCAGACGGAUGCCGUCAAAGUUUCAUCAUCCGCCUUUCGUUCUUAUUAUGAUGCCAUUGUGAUUGGCGCCGGCUUCACUGGGCUGGUGGCUGCCCGCGAUCUUUCCGCCGCUGGAAAGCGCGUGUUGCUCCUCGAGGCGCGCGACCGCAUCGGUGGGCGCACCUGGACAGCCGACGUGGGAGACCACAAGUACGAAAUGGGAGGGACUUGGAUUCAUUGGCUGCAGCCGCACGUAUGGGCCGAGAUUACGCGAUACGGACUGGCCACGGGGCUCAAGGUCAGCACGGGAAUGUCGGGCGAGGGCGAGGUGUCGUACGCCCGAGAAGGGGCCGCCGGCUUCGUCAAGGAGCGCCCGGAGCUCUCGGACCAGCGACUCCUCCCGCUCAUGGCCCAGUUUCUGGACGUCGAUGGCUGUGGCGGCCGGACCUUGUUCCCCGAGCCCUGGCUGCCGCUCAAGUCUGUCGACGUUUGGCGGCGUUGGGAUAUCAGCUUGCAGGAACGGGUCGAGCAGAUCAACAUCAGCAAGCAGGACCGCGACUUUCUCCUCCCCUGGUUGUGCAUCAACACAUGCGCAGCAGCUUCGGAGAGUUCAUUUCUGAACUUGGUGCGACUCUAUGCCUUGUCGGGCUACGACUACAAUUUGUUCAUGGAAAUUUGCGGAAAAUUCAAGCUGAAAAACGGCACAACAGGACUCGCGUCUGCUAUUUAUUCAGAAUUCAAAGGCCAGUCCAUAUUCAGCUGUCCCGUCAAAGCAGUAAAAUCCACCACUAGCGGAGUCGAGAUCACGACGAGAGCCGGAGACGUCUUCCGCGCAGAGCAGGUUGUCUGUACCAUUCCCCUACACUGUCUUUCCGACAUCGCCUUUUCGCCGCCCUUGCCAGAAUGCUUCAUCAAGGCCCGACAUGCCAAUAUCGGAGGCAAAUUCCAUAUUCUCUCAUCUACUCCCAUCGCUCCGUGGUUUGGGGUCAAUGACGAGCACCACUCCGUCUGUGCCGCUUUCACCGAGUCGCCCGCAUCUGGGGGUGGCACCCAUCUGGUGUCGUUUGCCGUGGGUGACAAGCUUAUUGCGCAGCAAGAUGUGCGGCACGACCCCAUGACCUAUCUUCGAGCGGUGCAGAGGGAUGUGGUCCCAGACUCGGUGCAUAUUCGCCCGGUGCAGUUGACGUGGCACGAUUGGGCGCGAGACGAGUUUUCCAGAGGUACCUGGGCAUCUUAUGGGCCGCGCCAGUUGUCCAAGGGACUCGGAGAGCUCAUGAUGCAAACGUAUCACGGCCACAGAGUUGUCAUGGCGAGCGCAGAUUGGGCAGAUGGUUGGGUUGGAUACAUUGAUGGAGCGCUGGAAAUGGGCAAGAAAGCAGCCGUCACUGUGAAUUCGAGGCUAGAUUCUCUAACCCCACAAAGCCAUAUCUGA